AUGUCUCUACAACAAGAGGCUGGGCUCCCGCAAAACGUUGCAGGAGCCCAAAGAGCAGACCAGCCACAUUCAAAGAGUACCCCUCCAAGGAGAAAGAGUGUCUUCUGGGUGAGCAAUAUUCAUUGCGCCUCAUGUGUGGCAUAUAUCACCGAGAUCCUCUUUGAGGUCCCUUCUGUGGAGGAUGUUCACGUAUCGAUUAUGACACACGAAGUCCGAGUAUCUCAUGGGAGUAGAGCUCAGCCUACGGUGCUGGUUGAUGCUCUCGUUGAUGCUGCGUUUGAGGUGCAUCAUGUCACCACUUAUGAUGAGGAAGGGUCCAUCUUGGCCGAGAUGGAUACUGGCCUUUGGGCUCAGGGCGGCUCGGGAUCAUUCCAUCACCAAGAACUGUACCCUGGACUUUCCUCAAAUGCCAAAGAUCAUGCCCAUGGUGCUUGGAACGCACGGCACAUUGCCAAUUGCGAUUCUUGCAAAAAGGAAUCACAGCAGCAUGAAUUCGAGACGACGAACACGAAGGCUAUCAACACCGAUUGGAAAACACCUCCGAGCCCUACUGGCUGGGAACCACAAAAGGAGCGAACGAAGCUGCAAGACUCAGACACCGAGCGGUCCCCAUCAAUCUCAAUAAUCUGCAACUCGCCGUCGAUUGCAACCUCGAAACCUCGUGGUUGCUGUUCCAAAGCUGGUGGUUUGGUCUCGCUCAACAACACUGGCCAAAAUCAAUUGCCUCCCCCAGUAAGCUUGGACGAAUAUAAUGCUAGAAUCAGUAUUGGUGGAAUGACCUGCGCAUCGUGCGUCAACAGUGUCACUGCUGCGCUUGAAGAGUUGGCCGGGGUCAAAGAAGUCUCUGUCAAUCUGCUCACAAAUAGUGCGACCCUUGUAUUUGCUGGUCCGCGGGCAUAUGUUGAUACGAUCACCGAACGGAUAGAGGACAUUGGAUUCGAGGCGGUCCUUGAUGAAGUGAAGCAAGUUCCUGGAACUUCCACGUUGCAAGCAGGUCGCAUAGGGCAUGAUGAUACCCGACGCACUGCCGAUAGCCCAUCACCCUCGGGCACUGCGUUGGUGGACCAAGCCCCGAAACGUACGAUCUCAAUUGUGGUUGACGGGAUGUUCUGUCGUCACUGUCCCCAAAAGGUCAUGGACUCCUUGGCUGGCCUUCCAAACAUCAGUGUCAACGAGGCUCCCACUGAGAAAAGACCAGUCGUUGAAAUCACUUACGAGCCUGCCCCGCCAACCUUGACCAUCCGUUCAAUACUCAAAACCAUCAAUGAUGCCCAUCCUGCUUUCAGUGCGAGUAUCUAUCAUCCACCAAGCAUAGAAGAUCGAUCUCGAGCGAUGCAGCUACACGAGCGCCACAGGCUACUCUCCCGCCUACUGUUUGUGUUCGCCGUCGCCAUUCCCACCUUCAUCAUUGGAAUUGUUUUCAUGUCGUUGGUCUCUCCUCAGAAUGCCACUCGAAGAUACCUGGAACAAAAAAUGUGGUCUGGCAGCGUCACGAGAAUCGAGUGGGCUCUUUUUAUCAUGUCAACUCCUGUCAUGGUCUUCGGCACUGAUGUCUUUCAUACCCGUGCGCUGAAAGAAAUCCGCGCAUUGUGGCGUCCAGGGAGCCGAGUUCCAAUUCUCCGCCGUUUCUAUCGGUUCGGAAGCAUGAAUCUCUUGAUAUCAGCCGGAACAUCAGUCGCCUACUUCUCGUCGCUAGCUAUCUUAAUCAUGGAUGCCUUGAGCGGUCACAAAGCAAGUGCACAUGGAACCACCUAUUUUGAUUCCGUGGUCUUUUUGACGCUGUUCAUUCUCAUUGGUCGUUUUCUUGAGGCAUACAGCAAAGCACGAACCGGUGAUGCGGUGGCAUCCUUGGGCAACCUUCGCCCGUCGUUUGCACAGCUGAUCGGGGACGCGGCCACGGAGAGCGAUGCCUCUUCCAAUGCCGCUUCUGACGUGACGAUGAAAAUUGGUGUUGAUCUCCUAGAAAUAGGGGACCGUGUUCUCAUUCCUCACGGCACAUCUCCGCCUUCAGAUGGUGUGGUGAUCGGCGAGGGUAACUUCCAAUUUGAUGAGAGCUCGCUCACAGGAGAGUCUCGCCCAGUCCAGAAGACGCAGGGAGAUGAAGUCUUUUCUGGCUCGGUGAACGUUGGCCAUCCAGUGCAGGUUCGUGUCACAGAGCUAGGCGGGUCUUCCAUGCUUGAUCGAAUUAUUGCAGUUGUCCGCGAGGGCCAGAGCAAACGCGCGCCAUUGGAAAGAGUUGCGGAUGUCUUGACUUCUCACUUCGUGCCAAUCAUCACCCUGAUUGCCAUUCUGACCUUUGUGAUCUGGCUCGCCCUUGGACACACUGGUGUCCUUCCUGGCGAUUAUCUGGACAACACUCGCGGGGGCUGGUCAUUCUGGAGCUUGGAAUUUGCGAUUGCUGUUUUUGUCGUCGCCUGCCCCUGUGGCCUGGCACUGGCCGCACCAACUGCCCUCUUUGUUGGGGGUGGUCUUGCAGCGCAACACGGGAUUCUGGUCAAGGGCGGAGGUGAGGCUUUUCAGGAAGCGAGCCGACUGGAUGCCAUCGUGUUCGACAAAACCGGCACAUUGACUGAAGGAGGAAGCCUCAAGGUCACGGAGCAUGAGUUCCUAACAAAGGACCCGAAAUUGAUGAGUGUCUCAUGGUCACUGGCACGGAGCCUGGAAGAAAGCAGUAAUCACCCUAUUGCGCAGGCGAUUUCUGCCUUCUGUCAAAGCCAAGCCACGUUCAAUAUCUUGUCUUCGGAUAUAGAAGAAAUUCCCGGCCAGGGGCUGAAGGGCUCCUUCACGGUCGACUUUGAGGAAGGUGAAUCAUAUGAAGCCGCUAUUGGGAAUGAGCGGCUGCUUCACAGCAUUCUCCCCCCAGGAGGCGAUACAUACUUCGUCUCUGGUCUCCUGUCAAAGUUUCAAACAAGUGGUAAAUCCACUGCGGUCCUGUCCAUUCGUUGCAAAUCCUCCGAGACAUCUCCCUUUAUUCCAGCGGUCGUCUUCGCGACAUCCGAUACAGUUCGUCCCGAGGCUGUCGACGUCAUCUCUCAACUUCAGAGCAGGGAUAUCAAGGUCUUCAUGUGCACAGGCGAUAACCAGAAGACUGCCCAUGCUGUCGCCGAAAUGUUGGGAAUUCCCCGCUCAAAUGUUAUGGCUGACGUGCUGCCUGCAGAAAAGGCAAGCUUUGUACAGAAGAUCCAGGCAGGGUCACUCGCCAAUGAGAACCGAAACAGCAUGCCAACUGUAUCAGACAAGGGCGGUUCACGCCCAAUUGUUGCCUUUGUCGGAGACGGUAUCAACGAUUCACCCGCUCUUGCCGCCGCAGAUGUCAGCAUUGCCAUGGCAUCUGGCUCGGACGUUGCCAUCAACUCUGCCAGCUUCAUCUUGUUGAAUUCAGACCUUCGCACAAUUCUGCAACUCGUGGUUCUCAGCCGCCGGGUAUUCAACAGGGUUCGGAUGAACUUUGGAUGGGCCGUGGUUUACAACCUGAUCCUGGUCCCCGUGGCCGCUGGCGUCUUUUAUCCGAUCGUGACUGGUCAUCACCAGAAGACCAUUGGCGGAGAGAUUGUCACUGUGAAUGAACAUUGGAGGUUGAGUCCAGUAUGGGCUGCAUUAGCCAUGGCACUGAGCAGCGUUUCGGUCAUAUCGAGCAGUCUCGCGUUGAGGAUCAGUUGGGAAAGUGUGAGGAAACUUUUCAGGAGGACAUGA